GAAGCAUUGCAUUGUAGAAUACGGAGGGGCUGCUGCUGGCAGAAACGACGAGUGACUCUACUCCACUCUCUUCUUUAACAGUCUACACGAACCGCAGUGGCAGGCUGCUUUAAAAACACUGGUUUUGCUGGGAAGCUUUCGUUGGAAGGACUACUCUCUGUGGGAUGGCAGCCAUCCGUAAGAAGCUGGUGAUAGUUGGGGAUGGCGCAUGUGGGAAGACUUGCCUUCUGAUCGUCUUUAGCAAGGACCAGUUCCCGGAGGUGUACGUCCCCACUGUGUUUGAGAACUAUGUGGCUGACAUCGAAGUGGAUAGCAAACAGGUGGAGUUGGCUCUGUGGGACACAGCUGGUCAGGAGGACUAUGACAGGCUCAGACCACUCUCUUAUCCAGACACUGAUGUCAUUCUAAUGUGCUUUUCCAUUGACAGCCCUGACAGCUUGGAAAACAUUCCAGAGAAGUGGACACCCGAGGUGAAACAUUUCUGUCCCAAUGUUCCUAUAAUCCUGGUCGGAAACAAGAAAGACCUGCGCAAUGAUGAGCACACGCGUCGGGAGCUGGCUAAGAUGAAGCAGGAACCUGUUAAGUCUGAGGAGGGCAGGGAAAUGGCCGGCCGCAUUGCGGCGUUCGGCUACAUGGAAUGCUCUGCAAAGACCAAGGACGGUGUGCGGGAGGUGUUUGAAAUGGCCACAAGGGCGGCACUGCAGGCUCGCCGUGGAAAGAAGAGCAAUAAAUGUGUACUGCUGUAACAUGGCAGUUAUUUUGGACUUUUUGCACCUGGCCUGUUGUACUUGUGGCCAAGGCGCGGGAGGGAUGGAAGAAUUAGUAGAUGGCGGCUAAGCAGGAGGGAGGGCAGAAAAAGACUGCAGUUAAUGACUACCGCUAUAAAAUGGCUGUUUGUCAGACUGAAUGCACCCUGGGACUUUUGUUCGCGAAGCGUUGAUGAAGAGAGAUUGGAUGUGGGCAAAUACCGACAUUUGUAAACCAUCAGACUGUUAAUUUGGUGGGAACACCAGCCCCCCCCCCCAGACUGAAAGUCAUCAAGAGAUCCUGGCCCUUGCUUAAAAUUUAACCAUCCGUGAUCAUUUGUGGUGGACGUUCCGCUUACUGUGACAAGUGAAUUUGCCCUGUGAUGAGGCUUUAUGCACCAAGUUCCAAUUGUCACUUGGAUAAAAUUUGGGUGUGUGUGUGGAAUUGUGCUGACAAUUCUAACACAUGACAACAUGAAGACCAGUGUCUGUAAACGUUUUUGUCCCGUGUGCAUGUGCAGCCUCAAGCCAGGAGGUCUAUCUGAGGUUAAUCCUGUGUUUACAGACUCAGCCUGUACAUGCACUGAGCUCUCACCUCACUGGCACUGAUCUAAUAUUGUUGCAAUUGACAGACCAUUGUCCCCCAGUUGUUACCAUUUUAAAGUACUUGUAGGUUGAUUGAGGCAAUUAUUACUCUUAACACCCACCACCAACAACAAGUAAUGAUAUCAUGGGUCAUAAAAAUGACAAAUAUCACUAAAAGGGGUUCCAGUUGAAGCAUUUUUGAGCCACCCAAACUCUUCUCGUCAGCUCCCCAUUCCUCCACCACACUUUUGACUGCUGGUGCUGAUCUUCUCCUGGUUGUAGACCAGGACAGAGAACAAGGAGAGGAAGGAUUAUGUUUACAUGCACAUCACCACUGAUCUGUGGAUCCUGGAGGAACACAUUUUUAUUGUAUUUUACUUGGGGGCAGAAGUGUAGACUUAUGAGACAGAAUCUGAAGCUCAUUUUACACAGCCUAUUGAAUCCAGGAUUUCUAGGCCUUCCCAUACGUCAGACCAGUCGUCGUUACAAAGCAAUUGUCUGAUUCCCACACCCGUUAAAGCUCAGAUGCGGCUAUUUUGCAGCCCUCUGUGUGAAAGAGGCUCCAAAAGGUUCCUGGGAUCAACCACAAGCACAUUUAAACAAUUUAAUGUGCCUUAUCAUUCAAGUGUUGGUACCUGCCAACCCCCCCAAAAUUGCAUGUAACCACCCAAAUGACAGCCGUUUUGGGGAAACAACAAAUAGUGUUCUUCAGCAUUAUUUUGCAAAAUUCGAUUUUACAACCUGAUUAAUUGCUUGCUUUUAAUGGUAUUUGAUUAAAAAUGCCAAUGGUGGCCUGUCAGUUUUUGCUCAAAUAAUAGAACCCUCUAGUUCCUCUUCCUGGUCUACGGGGAGGGGUUUGCUCCAGACACCUCCUCUUGUAUUGUUGUAUUACACUUUUUUUCCUGCUUUAAAAAAUGUUUUGUCUGUCAGGAUUUAAAAAAAGAAAAGAAAUUGAGGUAAAACGAGCGGACUGUCAUUUUUGCUUGCUUUACCUGACCUUACUACUUGUGGUUAAAACCCUGUCAAUCAGUCCCACCAAAUGACAUUGUUAGGCAUUCGAGAGGCUGGAUUAUUGCUAAUAUGUUUGUUUUCAAACACACAAAUAAAAAUAAAGAAGAAAAUUGCCUCCUAAUGUACGAAUCAGUUUUAUUUCAUAUUUUAAUGAAUGUUUAAAUCUUCACUUUUGGAUGCUGAAGUCAGAACAGGUAAACCAAGCUGUAUGCAAUGUCUGUAAAUAUGAAUUAUGGGUUUGUUCAUAAUAGACUAUACACAUGCACAGGACUGGAAACUAUUUGUAAACUAGCUUUCGUUUGUGUAAUAAAUUACUUUCUAUGACA